AUGGAUGAACUGCGCGCUUCAACACCCAUCGAGGACCCUUCAUCAGCAAGACCCUCAGCAGAGAAGUUCAGAGUGGCAGCCAAUCAAUACCUGAAUCAGGGCGAGUGCUCCCAAGCCAUCCAAUGCUACGGUGCUUCUAUAGAGGCGUCAGAGGAAGAAGGCCUCAAGGACAGCCAUCUGGCUAAAUUGUACAGCAACCGCGCUUUGGCCCAUAUCAAGAAUGGGUCCUACACCCAGGCAAAGGAUGCCCAAAAGGCCAGGCACCUCGACCCUGCAUGGCCAAAGCCAUUGCACAGGCUGGCCCAGGCACUUGCUGGCUUGUCCCAAUGGGAGGAUGCUCUCGAGAUGUGCAAGGAGGGCGCUGCCAGAUCUGGGGGCACGUCUGACUUUGCGCCCUUGAUAGAUGUCAUUGCAGUCACUGCUGCUCAACAUGGCUCCAUGGCCGGCUUCAGCGGACGCAAAUUGGAGGCAAUUCUCGUAAGGGAUGCGGGUGAAGAUGCAUGGUUAGGCAGGGAAGCUCCAGAGGACCCAGAUCUGGAUGGCCCAGAGGACCCUCUUCUGGCACUGCCUUCUAGCAGCGGUAGUGGUGGGGCGCUGAUGAGGAAGGGCCUCAGCUUUCGGUCACUGCAUGCAGCAGUGGCGGCAGCAAGGGAUGGUGACCAGAUCCUCCUGAAGAAGGGCAUCCACAAUGGGCUUGGGGAGACGGUGCAUGUGAGCAAGCGGGUGCUGAUCAGAGGGGAGGGAUCGCUGGGGGAGACGCGCAUCGACCACCGCGCAAACUGCCCCACGCUGCGCAUCAGCCGCAGCUGCGUCAUCCAGGACCUGGACAUCGACAUGACUGGCUUCAGGGAGGCUCUCAAGGUGGAGGGGGCAGCGUCUGUGCAGCCGGUCUGCCAAAAUUGCAUCAUCAGGUGCAGCGGAGAUGAUGCAGUCAAUAUAUGUGGCAAGGCGGCGCCGGUGUUCAGGGCCUGCUCGUUGCGCGCGCGCAAGUGCGGCGUGCGAGCAUACGAGAGGGCGGCGCCGUCUCUUGUCGACUGCAAGAUUGAGGCGUGCGGGGAGCAGGGCGUCAAGACCUUUGAGCAUGCUGCGCUCUUUGCCGGCUUGCCCAGGUGCACACUGGCAGACUGUGAGGAGGAUGGCAUUGUGGCCAUGGAUCAGAGCAGUGUGCGGCUGGAGGAAUGCACCAUCAGCAGUUGCAAGGGCCCUGCAGUGGAUGUGACCAACCAUGCUCAGCUGCACGCCACCGCUUGCAGGUUCAAGGGCUGCAUGGGUGUCAUAUGGGCGUGGGACAAUGCGAAGGCAGAUGUAACAGACUCCCAAUUGCAGAGUCAGGAGACUUAUGUUGUCCUGGCAGAUAGCAAAGUGCAUGUGCAGCUCCAGGCAAGCUGCUGCUCACGCUUUUCCCCAUUUUGUACAGAAGUUUGUGCACUCAACUCUCAAGGAUGCAAGCGCGUUUGGAUUCCAAUAUGUGCAGAUUCAAUAGUCCACUGGAUUGUGUAG